AUGACAGACGAGUUCAUCACCUUUGUUAAUCCAGCAGAGUACAAGAACUGGAAAGCAGGAGCUGAGGUAGUCAAUGCCUUCAAAAUAUUUUACUCCAAUCAAGGUGCACAGGGCAUCUUGGGUGCGCCUUCAAAACAACAACUGGAUACUAUCUUCGGCACGACGAAAGAUGUCGAUGUCUUGACGCAGAUUCUGGAGAAGGGGAAAGAUCAGGCCGGGAAUGGCAUCACCUCAGGAACGACAAUCAUGAAUGCUGCGCGUGGAAGCUUGAUGGACAACAAGGGCAAGGGAAUGUCGGGCAUAUGAUAAACAUGAUCAUAAUCAUUGUGUAGAUAUUUGCAACAAGGUCACAAUGUAUUACUAGAACAAUCACUUUCACCCUUCUCUGAUUCAUGGAUU